AAUUUAGAAGGAAGGAAAGAAAGAAACGUUGCCUACCUAACCCCGGCCCUGAAAAUACUUAAUUUGAAUAGUUUGAAUAUUAAUCGUCGGUCCGACUUGAAGUUCAACAGAAGAAAUGCAGACAAUGCACCUCCUUCACCCAAACAAAAGACCCUAUAAAUAAAUCAAAACUGAGACUAAUCAAAGAAGUUAACAAAAUACAAAGUGAACAAGAUAUCGAUGAACGUGAUGACGAGUUCGAGGAUUCAUAUCUGUUUCUUGGUUUUCAUGUGUGCGAGCCUUAGUAUUAUUAUACCAACCGCAAGCCUUGGUCACAGUCACAUAUGCCUGCCGGAUGACCAUGUUGCCUUAUUCAUCUUCGGAGAUUCUCUUUUUGAUGCAGGAAACAAUAACUACAUCAACACCACGUACCAGUACCGGGCAAAUUUUUAUCCCUAUGGAGAAAACUUCUUUAAAUACCCAACUGGGAGAUUUUCUGAUGGCCGUAUAAUUCCAGAUUUCAUAGCUGAGUUUGCAAAGUUGCCAUUGAUUCCGGCGUAUCUACAUCCUGGUUAUAAGCGAUAUGCAGAUGGGGCUAACUUUGCAUCUGCUGGAGCUGGUGCUCUUGUCGGAACUAAUCUAGGAUCGGUGAUAGAUCUGCACACACAACUCAGUAAUUUCAAGAGAAUGAAGACGCCAUUGAAGAAAGAAAUAGGUGAAGUAGAAGCCAAGACAUUGGUGUCGAGAGCUGUUUACAUAACCAGCGUCGGAAGCAACGAUUACGUAGCCCCUUAUACUGCAAACUCAAGCUUGUUUCAAUCCUACUCUCCAGAAGAGUAUGUAGAUAUGGUUAUUGGCAACUUGACAACUGUUAUCAAAGGAAUAUACGAGGAAGGAGGAAGGAAAUUUGCGUUUGUAAACAUGGCGCCAUUGGGUUGCUCACCAUUUUUAAGAGUAAUAAACGCGGGUAAAUGCGUGGAGGAAAUUACAACACUGCUAAAACUGCACAACAGAGCACUUUCCCAUGUCCUCCAGGAGCUAGGGAGCCAGCUGAAAGGAUUCAAAUAUUCAAUUACAGAUUUUUACAGUAUAGUCAAUGAAACAAUGAAUAACCCUAUAAAAUAUGGUUUCAAGGAAGGGGAGGCGGCAUGCUGUGGAUCGGGUCGAUACAGAGGAAUUAACAGUUGUGGAGGGAUGGGAUCCGUCAAAGUGUAUGAAUUAUGUGAAAAAGCCAGUGACUAUGUGUUCUUUGACUCUGGUCAUCCUACUGAAAGGGCCAGCUUGCUAUUAGCCAAGUCGAUGUGGAGUGGAAACCAAAGUGUCACAUGGCCUUACAAUGUAAAAGCACUAGUUGAGCAGAGAUGAAAUGAAGAUUUUCUCCAGCCAUUUGUUCAAUUAGCCAAACUCACAUCGUUCACCAAAUAAAAGAGUUUGCUAUUUCUUCUUUCUAGAUGUUAGUUUUUGGAAUAAUCUACAUAUGCUCAGGAGUUUCUUUUUGGAAUAAUCUACAUAUGCUCAGGAGUUUCGAAGUUGAAUUGAAGUAAUAAGGUUGAGUCGUUCUUGCUC